AUGGUCAAGCCCCUUGAAAUCGGGAUCUUCAUCCCUAUCGGCAACGAUGGCUGGCUCAUCUCGACAAAUGCGCCACAUUACAAGCCGACCUACGAGCUCAAUCGCGAUGUCGUGCUCAAAGCGGAGAGCUAUGGCUUCGACUUCGCGCUGUCGAUGAUCAAACUCCGUGGCUACGGUGGCGUUACCGAGCAUUGGGAUUAUAACCUGGAGUCAUUCACGUUGAUGGCAGGCAUUGCACCUCUCACCAAGCGAAUCAAGUUGUUUGCCUCGAGCGCCAUUCUGACCCUACCCCCUGCGAUCGUCGCUCGUAUGGCCGUCACCAUCGAGAACAUGUGUCCAGGCCGAUUUGGUGUCAAUAUUGUCACCGGUUGGCAAGCCGCCGAGUACGAGCAGAUGGGCUUGUGGCCAGGCAAUGAGUAUUUUGGGUACCGUUAUGACUACGCCGAGGAGUACGUCAAAGUGAUGCAGGAGCUGUGGGAGAAGGGCAGCUCCGAUUUGAAGGGCAAAUACUUCACAAUGAACGACUGCAGACUGCUCCCAAAGCCAUCCACCAAAAUUCCAAUCAUUGCAGCCGGGCAAAGUGACCGGGGAACUAAGUUUGCCAGCGAGUUUGCUGAUUACAACUUCACGAUCGCCGUUGGAAUCAAUACACCUACAGCUUUUCGCGAGUCAAAUCAGCGAUUGGUGGAUGCGGCGAAGGCGACUGGCCGGGACGUUGGCUCCAUGAUCCUUAUGAUGGUGAUUGCCGAUGAGACCAACGAGAAGGCACAGUCCAAAUGGGAUCACUAUUGCGCCGGAACCGACGAGGGUGCGCUAGAAUGGGCUGCCAAGCAGAUGGCGCGCGACGAGAAGGCGGAUGCACGCUCGACGGCUGGCAUUAUUGUUUCAUCAACCGGCCAUAAGGUAAACACGAAACAAGGUGUGUUGGUCGGCUCGUAUGAGGUUGUAGCCAGUCAGCUCGACGAGAUUUCUGAGGUUGAGGGUGUCAAAGGCGUCAUGUUGAUUUUCGAUGAGUUCUUGCAAGGCCUGGACAACUUCGCAAAGUACAUCCAACCUCGCAUGAAGUCGCGCGCGAAGGUGAACGGGGCUAGCCUUGAUGGCUCUGCUUUUCUUGUCGGUCUCUUUGCCGGAGUCCUCCUAAACCGGCUGGGUCCCGCAGUCUGUAUAUCUGUCGGUGCAAUGGGAUAUCCCAUCUACGUUGGUGGAUACUGGUAUUUUGGAGAGAAUGGCAGACUUGUUUUUCCCAUCGCAGGAGCCGUCAUCCUCGGUAUGACGGCCAACCUCAUCAACGCCGCCGUCGGCUACAUCGCCAUUUCCUACUCUGAGGAGCGUUACAAGGGAUUCUACGUUUGCUGGAUGCAAGUCAUAAUCUAUACGUGCAGCAUGGUCGCAUCCAUCAUUCCUCUUGCGAUCGAUGCCAAUGAUCCAAGUGCGGAUCGCGUUCCGACCGCGGUCUACGGAACUUUUGUUGCGUUGAUGUGCUGCGCCGUUAUCCUUGGAGUUUUUGUUCUGCCAGCAGAGAAGAUCAAGCGAAGUGACGGGACCGAUAUUGCCAGAAUUCCCCCCAUGACUUUUAUGGCAGCUAUCCGAGGAAGUAUCAAAUGUUUCAAGGACUGGAGACUCCUCCUUCUUGUUCCUGGCAUGAUGUCCUCCGAGAUCCACCUUGUCUACCUUGGUGUUGCGAAUGGUUGGCAAAACAACAGCCGUGUCCGCGCCCUGGAUAGCUUUGUCGCUCUCUUCCUCUCGAUCCCUAUCAAUCUAUUCCUCUCCUGGCUCUUGGACAACAAGCGCUGGACGCGUAAAACUCGCGCCUUUGUUGGCACAGGCUUCGUCGGCAUCUUUCUGCUCGGGUCUUUCAUUGCGGAGAUGGUGAUUGUCAGCAAGUGGCACCGUCACGGCGUGGCUCCACAGUUGGACUGGGACAGCGACGGCUUCGCCGGUCAGCUCAUCCUCUUCAUUAUCGCCUGGAAUGCCGGUGGCCUAGUUCUCAAUCUAGUGACAUGGUAUCUCGGAGCUAUGAGCAAUGAUCCUCUCCUAUGUGCAAACUACACUGGACUCCUCCGAUGCUUGAUUUCUGCAGGUCAAGGUAUGAUGUUCGGCAUAGACGCAUCGGCUGUUCCAUUUGUAAAUGAAGCCGGGGCUAUGUUUGGGAUGUUUGCUAUGUCUAUUCUUGGGAUGUUGGCCUUUGCCACCUUCUGCCUCGAGGAGACCAGAUAUUUUAAGGAAGAACACGUCAUUGUGCCAUUCUAUGCUCAAGAGCAGCUCCAUGGAGAGGAACCGCCAACGGUUGAAGUUGUUCAGCCAGAUGAUUAUACCUAUAACUACCCUAAGGGGGCUACAUCCUAG